CAAGUUGAAGACGAAAGAGGAAACGGCGAAGACGACCGAAACCGCUGCCAAGGGUAUCCGUUUCAUUUUGCGAUCCAAAGCCAUAGCUUCUACCGUACAGUCGUAUGCAUAAAUAUAAAGCACUGCAGCGAAUAAGAGUACUACGGUAGCAUGUCCUCUCAUUUUCAGCACCAUCAACAUCAACAUCAGCAACCCCCAAUUCCUGUUGGCAUGCUGGAACACCACAACCAUGAACUAGACGAACGAGGAUUCGUGGUGAAUCCUAGUUCCCGCGAGAUUGCGCUUGGGUGGUUGGAGCAAUGGCGUCGUUCCAAGUUGAGCAAAGCGUGGAAACGAGUCUUGGUGUCCUUAGUCAAGGGACAGCAUUCAAUGACGGAAACUUCGCUAUGUGUUUGGAGACAAGUCAUUAGUGAAACCACGGGAACUGCCGCCUUGGAACUCUUGCAACAGAUCCCACUCAGCCAAGUCCAAUGGGUCGACUAUGACACCAACAUUCACGCUCAAGCAAACUUUUCAAGCUAUGCAGGUAGUGCAGGUGGAGAAGACAGAAACAGAUUCGCCAUUUCACUCUUUCAAGCGCAAGAAGACGUCAUCUUCAGAAGCAUUCAGGAUCCUCAAGCCAUUAGAGAUUGGGUUACCACUCUCAAGACUGUCCAGCAACACAUUCAAAAUGCAAAACAUGACACCAACAAUGCUACCUUUGCUUUUGCUCAUUCACCCAUUUCUACACCAAAUGCAAGUACUGCACACCAGUCUACCAGUAGUAUACCCAAAAGCCAACCAGAUCAGGUCUUGGAUCUACUCUCCUUUGACAACACUACUCAACCCACCAAUAGUAGUGGCAGUGCUCAAAAUCCACUCUUCCCAGACUUGCUCGGCCAACAGACUGUACCUAUUUACCACCAGCAACACCACCAGCAACCUCAAAGUCAAUCUCAAAACCAACCUUAUCCAUCACCAGUGCCUUCAAGUUCUUAUCCACAGCCAAACACUUUUGGACGUUCUCAGAGUCCCACUCCUCCACUCAUGCAAGCGAGGUCCAUGAGUCCGACCCGGCCUCCCACGCACCAUCAUCAUCACCACCACAACCACAUUCCACAAAAUAACCAUCAAAAUCAGAAUCGAUCCCAUAGUCCUCCUCCGCUCUCGUUUCACAAUAAUCCCUAUGCCAGACAACCACAAUUCAUCCAAAACAAAAAUACAACUCCUGCACCAGCUCCUCCGCCGCCGCCUCCACCACGAGUACCGGUACCAAUACAACAACCCACUGCAACUCGGCCUACUCAUCUUCAUCAGCCACAGUGGAAUCAUACCCAACAACCACGUCCACAGCAGCACCCUUCCAUGAACAUGAACAUGAACAUGAACAUGAACAAUAACCGAGGAAUGCACGCCAAUAAUCAUACCAACAAUCAUCAUACCAACAAUCAUCAUCAUGUCAGAGCUCAUACGCCACCACCCAGGGCAAAACCACCGCCGCCCGUUCCAAGACCUACCAGUACGAACAAUACGGCACGAACCUUCUCACAACCGACCAUGCCACACCAAACCCAUAAUCAUCACCAUCACCACAAACCUCCGACUCGCAGCAAUAGUGCUCCACUGCCCCAACAUGACAACAAUGACAAUAACAGCAGCAGUGCCAGACAAGCCGAUAUUAAACGACGUGUCAUUCAAGAUUGGGCACUACAACCACCACAAUAUUGUCAACUCAAACCACUCGCGGAACUCAUACGAACCAUUCCAAAAGUAUUCCCGCCUCAUGCCACUUACGUGCCCUCCCAUGCCUAUUUUGAAAAAUGGGAUACCAGUCACAUGUUUGAUCUCAACACUGGCGGUGGUGGUGGUGGCAAUCAUAAUAAUCAUCAAAAGGUCGUGCGAAAAUUACGAUUCUUUUUGCAUCCCGAUAAAUUGCCAAAGGAUUUCUCGGACGAUCAAGUAUUCUUGUGCAAGGUACUGUGGGAUGUCGUCAAUGAUGCACAGCAGCAGCAGCAAGAACUACAGCAACACCAGCAACAACGACCAACAGGAAAGUAAAAAGAGUGACAAUGACAAAUUACAACAAAUGAAAAUGAGAAUGAGAAUGGAGAGAGUGGGCGCAUUUGAAUAAUAGUGGCGACCGGUGGAUUUGGAAACGAGGAAUGAAAUUACGUGAAUCGAAUCGAAUCGGAAGGCAAACGUGGAGUCGAGACGAUUGACGAAGGAAAUUCGAGGCUACUAAUUUUUAAGAUGCAGGGAUCGACAGGUACUGUCUUUCGAAGAAUUACACUGUACCCAGGCAGCAAACACCGUGUGCAAAAAAAGGAUGGUUGAGCGCACCAAUCGGCACGACGAAUUUUGGUGAAGACUUUAACGGAACACAACAAUUUGCUAGUAGAACUCGAUUUUUUUAAAAACCAGAUUAUGCCCACAACCGUGAUCGACCCGAUUGAUUCGAACGGGCGUGGCGCUCAGAGUGCUUCCAUGCAAGCAGGCAGCAACCAGAAACCAUUCAAGCAAAAGAUGAGACAUUCGGUUGCAGUUUUAGAUCCAAUACAUGCUUGAUCAGCCAUCGCUUUCUGAACAGCCCGGCCCCGGUAUUAGAUACCGGUACGGUACCAGCUACGGCAUGAACGAUACGGUGUUCUCUGGAAGCCAUGGUGCCUUCACUUCCAAGCAAUAUGCACUAGAUUUACUCUUUGGAUAGUUCGUCACGUUGGCAUUCAGCCGCACAAUUUUCGGCGCUAGUCGCAUCUAUCCGAGCUAAACUGCCCGUCUGAGAUCGAGCCCGUACCCAGCACGACGUGGCGGCUCAACUGCUUCCAAUCUUCUCCGGUGUGAUCUUCUGCGCUCCCUGGCUUUCAACUUUGAUUGGGACCUUGUUCAGAGCUUGGCUAUUCUGGGUCGCUUUCAAGCUUUCGACACAAACUGGGCUCAAACCAUGGAGGAUCGCCCGACCUCACAGAAUGAACCCCCACGGUUUUGAAGAAGCCUCCAAUGCUGCUUCCAACUCCAACGGCGUUCAAAGAAGGAGAAGUCAGCACUUCGCCAACGGUCCGUGCUGUUUGCGCGAAGCACUCACGGCAGCGAGAGCACUUGUACGCAACCAUGAGGUCUCUGUGAUUUACUGAACAUUCGCUGCACAGCGUAGUGGAAACAGCAUUCUCGAUGACAUCCGCUAGUAUGAUAUUCGAAUGAUCGAUAAAGCUUGGAUAUGAUCCUGAAUUUCCUUGUCCGCCAACAGCUCGUUUACUUUUGUCAAGAAUGAUUGCAUGUACUCGGUUCCAUGGGUCCGAUCCUGGAUGAUCCGAUCUCGGG